GAAUGCAUGCCUGUGUAGUUGUGUCACCUUUUACAACAGGUAUAAAUACUGCGUGUUCUUCAACCUAAAUCUAUCAUAACAUCAACUUAAAGAUGAGUUAUUUCGUCAACAAGCUGAGUAUCUGUGCAAGAUUAUUCACUACUGCUGCUUACAGUAGUGCCACUGCAGUUAAGCGUGGUGCUACUGCAGUUAAGCCAGUUUACAGUGGUGCUACUGCAGUUAAGCCUGUCUACAGAAGUGCUAAUGCAAAAGAUGCCGCUUCUAUUACUAGGAUGGCCAUUCAAGAAGGUUGGCACGUUGGACCGUAUGAUUUCCCUACAUAUUUUGAAUUUGAUCCAAAGAGCUAUAAUAUUGGAGAGGUUGACGGACAGUAUGCAUGCCACAUUGGUGUGAUUGAGUUCCCUAAACACCAUUAUCACGGAGGCGGUGUCAUGGUUGUGGACAGGUUUCGACAGACGGGGUAUAGCACAGUGUGUGUUAAGCAUGGCCUUAGUGUUGUUGAUAAAAGAUACACAGUUGGCACAGACAUCAACUUGAGCACACUAGCACAAUACGAGUCCCUUGGAUUUGAAAAAUUCUGGGACACGUACGUUGCAAUGUUUGAUCUCGAGAAAAUAGCUAAGGUUGGCAUAGAUCAGAAAUCUUCAAGUUUUGCUAUGCCAAUUCAGGAUGUAGAUCUCGACAAGCUACUGAAGUAUGACCACAGAGUGUUUGGUACGCCACGAGACAAGCUAAUGACAAGAUGGAUCAACACUCCGGGAAGCUUUGGAUGGGCAGCAAUUGAUCACAGCAACAACAUAACUGGCUACAUUGUUCUGAAACAAGUCAUUCGAGGAGGGGGAACAGAAAUCGGCCUAGCUAUGGCCCCUUUGUUUGCUAACGAUAAGGAUACUGCAAAGCUACUAAUAAAGACAGCAGGCCAAGAGUGUCUAGCUAAUCCAGCCAUUCCAAAGACGAAGCUGGAGUUGUUUCAUCCGGCGGGGGAUAUUUGUGGAGAGGGUGCUGCAGAGCUGAUGGAUGAGCUGGGAGCUGAGAUGACUCAUAUCGCUCACAGGGUCUACACCAACGGGAUACCAGAAGGAAGACAAACAAGAAUGAUCUAUGGCAUUACAUCACCAAGCUGUGACUGACAGAAAAAACAAUAGCGAUAUACAUGUAUAUAUAUAAUUAUCGUGUAUACAUGCAUGUGCAUGCAUUUAUGUUUAAUUGGCUGCACGUAUAAUAUAUACAUGCAUUUAUUAUUAUUACUCAUUGUGGUCAGAAAUUAAAUUAUUGUACUACUAUUGUAAA